UAAAGACAGCGUGCGAAAGGCAACUGAAGAUUUACGAGCGGUUAUUUCAGUAUGUUCUUCUGAUCCUUGGCACAUGUGGAAGCAAACUGGAUUAGGAAAAGGCAAAUUGACAGAAAUAUUGCUACGACUGUGUAUUGACUUGGGAGCACGUGAAGAAGGUCUUGCUCUCAUAAAACUUUUAGGUACAGAUUUUUCAUUACCACAAGAAGGAACCAGCAACAUUCAAGAAAACUUUGAAGGAAUCCAAUCUGAAAAAGUUGCCAAGGCGAUCGUUGAAUUCGAGUGUCGAGUUAGUGGUUGGAGUGACUGCGCUGAUCUAAUUGAGAAAAUGAUUUCUCCUAAUCGAAUCACCCAGCAGCUCAUGCCCAUAAUCAAAUUGGCUCACUUCUUCUUGAACUUCGAUUGCUUAGAAGGAGCCAAUUUUGUUGGAGAUCGUAUUUCUUCCGCAUUCAUUAACAUCGACAAAUCGCAAGCCCACAAGCUCGCUCCGCAACACACUCAUAUUUGGGCUUAUCUUGAACUGAUAUUUGUACUUGAAGCCAAUCCCAAAACUUCUAAUCAAGAAAGAAUGAAGUCUUUUGCUUCAUUUUUCUCUAAACUGGAAUUUUCAGUACUGUGCGACCUUUUACCAAAGAUGGAAGCUCAAGCCAACUCGCAUCAUGAGAACUCGGAAUCACACAAGAAAAUUUUUAAUGAGUUGUGUAAAGCUCUGACUGACUAUGAUCUUCGUUCCCCGUGUAUCAAGAAAGCGGUAGUUGACCUGAUUUGCAGUUACUUUAGGACGAGGAACGCAGAAUUGCUUCGAUCUUUCCUAUCCAACAUCGUCCGCGCUCACGUUGCUACCAUAGAAAAGGAAACUCCUUCGUCGAAGACAUUAUUGGAAGAACUAAUUUCGUCUCCUGAAAUAUUGAACUUGGAUCUUUCGUCUGACCUGGGCGAGAUUUUUAUGGAAGUGCUUGUUGAUAGUCAAUUAACUUCAAUGAAGAAAGAAACAUCGGCAUCAGCCAAUCGAUUGGAUGAUGGAUCUUCUCUACUGUCAACUAAUUUAUCAUCAUGCAUUCGAUUGGCGAUUGCAAGUGGAAAUCAAGAAAGAAUGAAGUCGUUUUCAUCAUUUUUCUCCCAACUGGAAUCUUCAGUACUGUGCGACCUUUUACCAAAGAUGGAAGCUCAAGCCAACUCGCGUCAUGAGAACUCGGAAUCACACAAGAAAAUGUUUAAUGAGUUGUGUAAAGCUCUGAGUGAAUGUGAUCUUAGUUCCCCAUGCAUCAAGAAGAAAACGGUAGUUGACUUAAUUUGCAGUUACUUCAGGACGAGGAACGUAGAAUUGCUUCGAUCCUUCUUAUCCAACAUCGUCCGCGCUCACGUCGCCUCUGAAGAAAACGAAACUCCUUCGAUGACAUUAUUGGAAGAAGUAAUUUCGUCUCCUGAAAUAUUGAAUUUGGACCUUUCGUCUGACCUAGGCGAGAUUUUUAUGGAAACGCUUGUUGAUAGCCGAUUAACUACAAUGGAGAGAGAGACAUGGGUAUCAGCCCAUCGUUAUCGAUCUUCUCUUCUGACUAAUUUAUCAUCAUGCAUUCGAUUGGCGAUUGCAAGUGGGAAGAAUACUCGCAUACUCGAUGCACGGCGAGCGAUGCCAAUUGCGCACAUACUGGAAAAACUGGAUGUUCACCAAUUGACCGGCACUUUUACGGAUCUAUUGGAAAACAACUCAAAACGGUUGAAAGCGUGUCCUUCCUACCCCACGAUGAUUUCUCUUAUUGGCAAUUCCUUGGUUUCGGAAUUGAAGAAGAAUGCAAGAGACAUCCUCACUAGGCGAACUCUUCUGAAUGUGUUAGAUGUUUUUAUCGAGUCGGGUGUUGCAUCAUUAACACAAUCUUUAAUCAAGCAAGUCUGUGCCAAUGAAGAAUCUGGGACCCGGAGACAUCAAGAAAAAUACAGUUUGUUUGCUGGCUUAAUUAGUACUCCGCACGUGUGGGGAAUACUGGAUUCAAAAUCGAAGCUGAUCAUCUUGAAAACCUGUGGUUCUAUUAUACAGAAUUGGAUCAUCGAUAUGAGUCGUUCCAUCACUGAACCUGCUAUCGAGAAAUUACCAGAACUGAAAGAAAUCCUCAAUUGCAUCCAGUUUUUUUUCCUAGUCGAAAGAAAUGUACUUCAGAAUGAACGAACAUUCGACGCUCCAGUGUUUGAACCAUUAAUGGCCAAUUUACCAGUUUCCUUGCUCAUGAACCUUGUUUUGCAUCUCUACCAAUCGGAAGCCGGAACAAUCGUGAAAUUUCCCGCCUGUUUCAAUUUUUAUCGCGGCACAUCCAGACUCUUUUUUACCAUGAAAUUUGUGCCACUUGUCAAGCGCGAGGAAGCAAUCCGCCUUUUGAAUUUGCUCUUGUGGCUGGAAGAUGAGCAAUCUUGGCAAUCGUUCGCAACAAGUGUUUCCACAGCUUUUCCAUCAACUAGCACCUAUAUCUUUCUACGCCUCUUCUUGAAAAAUCCUGUCAUCAAGCAAGCCUUUACAGUUUCUAAUCUUGCUUUUGUUGCCUUCGCAACCAUUGUAGACAACUGUUCACUGAAAUCGGCGUCUUUGAAGGAACCGCCUUUUAGCUGGCACCAACGUGAAGCAGUUGUACCGAGUCAUCCUGAAGUUCAAGCUUUUCUUCGGUCCAGUCAAGAAUCCAUGACCUACACGAAGUUUACUGGAAUCGCUGAGGCUCGCAAUUUCGCCGCACAACUUAUGAGAGGGUCUAAACACUUUAGCGUUUCUGUUACUACGUCUGGCGCUGGCAAAAAUUCGCGUUGCAUCAUUACGAAAACACGUAAAUAUUACGAAGAGAUCAAUCAACCAUUUUUUACCAGCAAAGGUGAAUUGGAAUUAUUGGUGAAGCUCCGGGAACGCCUAGGUCAAGAAAAUUUGAAGACGAAACGUGGAACAGCCGACGACGUCAGUGUCAUCCCUUCACCCAAACGCUGCAAGCGCGAAAAAAUGUGAUAUUUUGUUUGUUUGUUUUUAACUAAGAAAGUUCUUUGUUGUCAUUUUAACUGAAUUUGCGAUGCGUCCUGUUUUAUUGCGGAAUCGCUUGACUGUAUACCAAUAAAUAAAGAAACGCCUUUUGCAAAGUUUCCUUUUUAAAAAUU